UACGUCCCUCCCUUCCCUUCCCCCUCCCUGGGACCCGCACACUGCCUGCCGCCGUCCCUCCGCGGUGUGCCCUCCCCAGGACCCGCCCCUCUCGGAGCGGCUGACGGCGCGGAGCUGGGGAGUUGUUGAUUUCAGAAGCUCCGGAGAGCGACACGGGACAGUGAGAGGUCAGACAUUGCGGAGUGUCGAGGAGGACCAGGAGUCGGACAGAAGCACAUCCAGGCCAGAGAAAGGGAGAGCCCACCCGCCCGCCCAUUGCAGAGCCUGACUGUCCCGGUGAAGGGCCCCACCUUCCAUCUCAGCUGGAGGAGACUCUGCCCCCUCCCCCAAAGCCACGGUUGCUAUGGCGACAGAACUGCAGGGGAUACAGGUCACCGAGGCAAAGCCUCUUCUGCCAGGCCGGGAUGCAGCCCAGGAAGCUGCCAUCGCUGCUGCUAUCCUGCUGGAUCAAGGGCAGGAGUACGAUGUCGAGACUCCCUUCGGGUCAGUGCACGUGACCAUCCAUGGCUCCCCCCGGGGAAACCGUCCGGCAAUCCUCACCUACCACGACGUUGGACUGAACCAUAAGACUUGUUUCAACAGCCUCUUCAAGUUUGAGGACAUGUUGGAGAUCACCAAGAACUUUGUCGUGUGUCACAUCGAUGCUCCUGGGCAGCAGGAAGGAGCUGCCCCUUUCCCCACUGGGUACCAGUACCCUUCGAUGGAACAGCUCUGUGAGAUGUUAACCUGUGUACUACAGUACUUCAACUUCCGGAGUAUUAUCGGAGUGGGAGUGGGCGCUGGAGCCUAUAUCCUGGCCAUGUUCGCGAAGUUCAACCCCGAUCUCGUGGAGGGGCUGGUCCUGCUGAACAUCGACCACAACGCCAAGGGAUGGAUAGACUGGGCAGCAUCGAAGAUCACGGGUCUGACCAGCUCCCUGAGUGACAUGAUCCUCGCCCACCUCUUCAGUCAGGAGGAAAUGUCCAACAACUGCGAGCUGGUGACCACCUACAGGGCCCUCCUCACCGACAACCGUUUCCUUGGCAACGCUGAACACUUCUGGAAUGCCUACAACAGCCGCCGGGACCUGGACAUCGAACGAGAGGGUGGUGGGUCUCUCAAGUGCCCGGUGAUGCUGGUGGUGGGAGACCAGGCCCCUCAUGAGGAUGCUGUGGUGGAGUGCAACUCGAAACUGGACCCCACUCAGACGUCCUUCCUCAAGAUGGCAGAUGGUGGCGGCCAGCCCCAGAUCACUCAGCCGGGAAAGCUGGCAGAAGCCUUCAAGUACUUUGUGCAGGGAAUGGGCUACAUCCCACAUGUGGUCCACCGUCGCCUCAGUGUGGGAGCAGUGCCCUCCGCAGGGAUGACACGCCUGUCUCGCUCCCGCACGACUUCCCUGUCGGGCGCCUCUGUGGACGGAUCCCACAGCCGCUCCCGCACCCUGUCGCAGGGCAGUGAUGCGGGGCAACUGGCCUCCAGCCCCUCCCAGACCAUGGAAGUCUCCUGCUGAAGGCCAGCGAGGGUGCUUGGAGGGGCCGGAGGAGGGAAGGAGAUGGCGGGGGAGAGAGGGAAUAGAGUCUGGGGAAGGGGCUAGGCUCUCUGCGGAGACACUGGCAGGUGUCUGUCAUCGAAUUGCGAGGGAUUUGGGCAAACCGUAAAUCAUUACAUAGACUAAUUUUCGUUUUGGGGUUGGGGUACAGAAUGCAAGCGGAUUAACACAUAACCGUGCGGGCUGUGUUUAUUUUAUUUUCCUGUGGUGGGACGGGUGGGUUUCCUUCUCUGUGUAAAUGUGAGGGUUAUCUCCAUCAUGCUCCAACCUGUUGCCCUGUGCUAACAAUUCCCACUCUGUACGUUUCUACCAGUCCUCUCCCCCACCUCUCCAUCCAUCCUCCGGAUAACCUACCUUGCUUCCUCCCUCACACUCUCCCUCUCCACCACAGGGUGAGGAGCUAGGUAGAAGUGUUUAGUAAUUCCAUUCCCCCGGUGUGGAGGGGGGCAAGAGGGGCAAGGGGGCCCACUGUGUAAGGAGGGCGUCCCACAGGAAGUGGUAUCAGAGAAGGGUGAGGCCAUUUUGAUGAGGGCAUGGGUGGCCAUUUUAGUAAGGGCACAGGUGGCCAUUUUGGUAAGGGCACGUAGCCAUAAUGAUAUAUAAUAUAAUGAUACAGCAGGCAGCUAUUUUGAUGAUGGCACGAGCAGCUACUGUGAUGGGGCAGAGCGGAUUAGGAAGCGGAUAGCCCUCUUGUAGUACAUGGCCGAUAUGUCUACGUACAACAACUUGGCGAAUUUGAUGGGAGUGGUGGAGAUGGGUGGUCUGGUCAGUCAGUUUGAAAUGGCAGGAAGACAUUGUCAAUUCAUCAUGGCAUAGCAACUUUGCCAGCUCCCAGCGAUAUCAGCAUUCGCUGUCCACAUACGAUGAUAUGGCCAGUCCAAUGGACAUGCGGACAUUUCAGUUAAGAGAGGGGUCAACUGUUUUACUCACAGCACCCAACAAUGUUAGCAUUUUGCCAAAGCACAGAGGCAUGCCAGCUCGAGUGUCAUGGGCAGUCAAUGUGAUAGGGACCUUGCCAGCUACUUUGAUGAGGGCACGGAUGAACAUUCUGCCCCAGUGCCCAAUUUGUCAAAGAACAACAACGGGGCCAAUUGGGGAGAGCAGGGUGUGUGUCUCAAGGGGGAACGCAGGCAGUGAUGUUGUCCAUGCCCUGUGAAGCUGCCAGUUCAUCAACACGGCAAUGUGGCUAGUUGAUGGAGGUGUGUGAUGUGAGCAUUCACCUGGCUGCCCCAGCACUCUGCAACAUUGCUAUAUUAUUAACGCAUAGAUGUCUUCGGGAUGACAAAACGUGGGAGGCUGCUUUGUUGCAGAAGAACUUUGCCUUCAGUUGGGGACGCUUGUUUUACUACUACCCAAAGCCGCCGCCAUCUACUGGGUUGGGGAAGGUGGCCAUCGGCUGUCCUGUUUCUUGCCGGCACUUAGUGUUGUGCCCGUUUUCAUCAGAGGAAGAGAUGGGGUGGAUGUGGGAAUGGUCUUUGAAUACUAGUUGUCCAUUCCUCUGUUGGGCAGCUGGAGCUGUGGCCUCCUGCUCAGCCUGGCACAGUCUGACCAGAGAGGAUGCAGCGGGUUGGAACCUACGGGAUCUUUCCGCUCCAUCACAAGCUGAUGUGUAAAUGGUUCGGGGUGAGGCCAACUUGUCCAUUCUACAACCCGGCCCUGGUGCCUUCAGGAUGGUGCUGCGGAGAGCCAGGGAUCUGAACCACAAGAACAGUUGUUGGUUAGGUGGGGCAUUGUCUGGGUAGACACGGGAAGGGGGCUUUGGGAACGAUCCAGGGUAAAGGGAGUUGAAUGGUUGCAGAGAUGUGGAUUAAAGUGGGAUUAGUAUAAAUGUGUGAGUUGAGUGUGAGUGAGUGUGCACGUAAGUGUGUGUGUGUGUGUGUGUGUGUGUGUGUGUGUGUGUGAGUAAAAAGUGGCGGGGUGGUUGGGAAAGGAAAGCGAAGGAACAAGGACAGUGCCCGUGAUGUGCAAACAUCGCAGCCGCUGGAAAAGCCGCAACAAAAUCGGAGCCGGCAGGGGAAGCUCACUAACAGUCCUCCUGCGACCUCCCCCUCCCCCGGGCACUACCCUCUUCCACUGCACUUUGAGUCCCACCCAGCCGCUUGAAUUUCCCCCAUCACCACCCAGUAUGUGGGUACGGGGCAGGAGCGCGGGCAUGAUUGGAAGGGGGCGGGGUGUUGGGAUUACCUGAGGGACAGAGCUGAGGGAGGACUCGUAGGAGUUUGGGGAUGGCACGGAUGCAGAGGACGAGUCCCCCGUUGCGAUCAGACAUACAGACGCACACAGCCACGCACAGACACAGAGAGGUACACAAGCACAGACGCUACAGGCACUCACAGUGUGUGCUAUAGAUAAGCAAGUGCAGGCUCGGACACCCAGGCAGAGGCGAUAUCAGUUUGUACCUAUGCCUGCUCUCCAUAUUAAGCACUAACAGAUGUGAUGUUGGGAGUACACUGUAGAGAUAGGCAAAUGCAUAUUAGGGAAGACUUUGAUUUAAAACAUCUCGAUCGGUGCGGUGGGGAGGGGGGGCGGCUUUCAUUUCUCUUCGUUUCUCUGUGAUGUAGUUGGCGUUGUGUUUUCCUUUCCGUUUUACCACUAAGUCUUGGCAUCGGAGCGCGCACAGAGGGUCUGUGUGCAAGCGCUCGGCCUCAGCUAACUGAUCAUAAGUCAUUCGCCAAGUUCCGUCUAAUGCGAUCAAUAAACCAUGGCAAGAACAAAAA